AUGUCCAGAUUCUCUAACAGCUUCUGGAGUCAUGACUACUCCACUGGGGUCAACACAUUAUUUGAUAGACUUCACGAUGGGUGUUUGGAGAACCAAAACUACAUAAAUCUCUUUGUCGCUAGACACCAAAGCGAAUUAGCGUUUGGUAACUCCUUGAACACUUUCCCGGAUAAGUUCACCUCCAACUUCAACAAGAACACUAUGCUCAUCAACUCUACCAAGAAUUCUUUUAUCGGCAUCAAUACUGAGAUCGGCAAAGAAGGACAAUAUCAUUUGGAAAUUGCCAAGAAUAUCGACCAACACAUCAUUUUGCCGUUCACCAGUUGGGCCAUGAAGCACAAGGAAAGAGUGGAAUACAGUGAAAACGAGUUGAAAACCAAGAUCAAAGCUUACGAGAGAUUGUACAGCAACAUCGAUAGAACAAGAAUCAAGUACUUCAACAAAGUGAGAUCCGCCGAAGACUUCAAGGAAAAAUUGGAUGAUAAAAUCACCCAAACAAUUAAAAGAGCCAACACCUUUCCUCCAGAAGAAGUGAGCGAUCCUGGAGCCGGUGCCACCAAAUUGGCAAGAUCUAACACCACCGUGGCAGAAGACAUGAAAUCUUUGACUCUUGAACGAAAUGGCGUUUCCGUUGGCACCAUCAAGGAAGAAAGCGAGGCUCCAGAAGAAGAAGAACAGAUCGUCACUUUGGGAGGUUACGAGUAUUCCAAGUCCCAAUUGAAAGACGUGUUGGCAUCAUUAUUGAAUACUACCCCAAAAUUUUCGCACAGAGUCCCAAUUUUUGGUACUUACGACAGAGUGUCCACUGGGUCAGCAAUUACCGAAGCGAUUCAAAAAUGCUUAGGCAUCAGCAAAUUGGAAAAAAUUGAAGAAUUUGGUCAAGAUUUGAUUAAUGGUGGCUACUUGAGAUUGAUCGGGACGGUUGGUAGUCAAUUUGCUAACAGUUCCAAAUUGAAUUACCAAUGGAAACCAGAAGCUUAUAAGGCGGCGGAUAUUGUUGUGGAAGGUGUCGACAACCUCACCAGAGCUUCAAGCAUGUACAAUCCGGUCAAUGACAUCAAUCCAGGUGCCAGAUUUUCUGAAGUGUUUGAGGAUGUCAAAGGAAUGAUCACCACUUUGGAACCAAAUGAAGAAAAUUACAGAAAGAUUUUGAAGGACGUGAGAAGAUUUGAAAAAGAAUAUUACGAGCUUAGUAAACAAUUGGACGUUGUGAGAACCGAAUUAGAAGAAAGUAUCGAGGAACAUCACAAUUUCAUGCAAAGGUGUGAAAUGGAUCGGUUGAAGGCUUUGAAAAAGGUGACUUUUGACUUCUUGUCAAUAUUGUCCAACAGAUUCAGCUCUUUGAAAUCAGUGGUUGACAAAGCCAUGUUAUUACAGGACAAUAUGAAUCCAGAACAAGAUUUGGAAACCAUGAUUGAAUCUAACAAGACCGGUUCAUUCAUUCCUCAUCCUAAGGUCUUUGAAGAUUAUUUUGACUCACAAGACACUCAAGUCUUUGGUAUUAGUUUACAAAGCAGAUGCAGAUUUGACCACAAAUCAGUUCCAUUGGUUAUUUCAUCGAUCUUAAUGCAUUUGGAUUCUGUAUACCCUGACAUGGGUAGUGAUGAAGAACGGAUUUCUGUUUGGUUGAAUGAUGUCCCAUUGGUGAAAACCCAUGAGUUGAGAUCGUUACUUAAUGAUCCAAAAGCGGAAAUCACCGAACAAUUAUUAAGCAAGUACCAUCCUUCAGUGUUGAGCUCGGUGUUGCAACUUUACCUCUUGGAGUUGCCUAACUCUUUGGUUCCAAAUGAAAAGUACUAUUUAUUCAAGUCUUUGUAUGAACAAUACGGUGCUGAAGAUGCGGCUCAAGAAAGAAUUGUUGGGAUUGAAAACUUAUUGGUUGAUUUGCCACGUCCAAACAUCGCCACUUUGAAUUACUUGUGUGCUCACUUGAGUAAUUUCAUUUCCACCAUUGCUCUUAAUGAUGGGGAGGUGACAAAUGGUGAGGACAGCAAGCCAAAAUUGACAGUGUCAGAAAAUUUCAAGAUUCAAGUGUGUAAAAAAUUCACCACGGCAAUUUUGAGAGAAAAGGUCCAAACCACUUCUCAAUUGACUGAUAAACAUCCUUACAGAUUAUUGUUUGAUUUAUUGACCCAUAAGGAUCAAGUUUUCAAAGAAUUGAAGAAACGUAACACCGUCAAGAAGACCUCUGUAUCUAGAAACGCUUCAAAGAAGACUUUAAUAGCAGGACAAAAGGAUACUGCUUUGAAGAACGUUGAGCCUGAACCACUAAGGUUAUCCGUUGAUAGCAAAGCCAAGCCGAUUGCAGAAGUUACAAUGGCCGAAAGUGGUAAACAAGCUAACGACGAGGAACCAGAUACCGUUAUUCAAUUUUAA